GGAAGUGAUUUCUGCUUUAUCAUAAACAAACAUGAGUGCAGACCCCGUUUGUCUGCAAGAGAAACAGGAUGCCAGUACAGCCCAAGGCUGUGUGUUUGAAGAAUUGUUCGGAUGCUGGCACACACACCCUUCCCUGGGUCAAAAGAGGACUCUCAGCCAUUGACAGGAUAUAAAUAACACCUGGUGUUGGGGAGGGAAAAUUGAUUUUUGUGACUUAAAGUGUGAGUUAUGUAACAGUUUGCAUCACUCAAUAAUGUUAAAUAAUGAAGGGCAUCAAAUUUCAACACAGUCAGCACGGGUGUCACUGAAAGGGAAAGAUGCAGCUGAGCGUCUGACUAUUGCUGACGUGGCAAGGAAAAUGUCUGCCUCUACCCCGGGGGCGUUUCCAAGCUUCUGAGUGGGCUGAGCCAACUCUGCAUUGCCUCUCCAAUUUCACAUCCCAAGCACAGACUUUGCCCUGGCAUUUUCUUUCUAAGCUAUUGUUCAAAUGAAUGAAUACAGCUGCUGCUGAAUGGUUUUGCUUAAAUAACCUCGUCUUUCCGCUCUUUGUCUGUUCCGUGCAGAGCGCCGCCGCUGCCUUAGGAGACAGACAGGAUGUGGAUGACUCAAAUCAUUGCUCUUUGCCUGCUGGCCAUUGCGGCCUCCGCAGAAGACAAGAAGUUGAGCAGUCAUGCCGUCACACUGGCCGAUAACAGCGCCAACCUGGCCUUCAGCCUGUACCACAACAUGGCGAAGGAGAAAGGCACGGAGAACAUUGUCAUCUCUCCGGUGGUCGUGGCCUCCUCUCUGGGGAUGGUAGCUCUCGGCGGUAAAGCUUCGACUGCCUCCCAAGUGAAAACCGUCCUCAGUGCCGACAAACUCAAGGAUGAGCAUCUGCAUGCAGGCCUGUCGGAGCUCCUCUCAGAGGUGAGUGACGCCAAGACGCGUAACACCACCUGGAAGAUCAACAGCCGUCUGUACGGCCCCAGCUCCGUCUCCUUUGCUGAUGAGUUUGUGAAGAACAGCAAGAAGCAUUACAACUACGACCACUCGAAGAUCAACUUCCGGGACAAGAGGAGCGCCGUGAACUCCAUCAAUGAGUGGGCCGCCAAGUCCACUGACGGGAAGCUGCCGGAGAUCACCAAGGACGUGCAGAACCCUGACGGAGCCAUGAUCGUCAACGCCAUGUUCUUCAAGCCUCACUGGGAUGAGAAAUUCCAUGAUAAAAUGGUUGACCAGCGUGGAUUCCUGGUAACUCGCUCUUUCACAGUCGCGGUUCCCAUGAUGCACCGCACCGGUCUUUAUGACUUCUACGACGACACGGAGAACAGGAUCUACGUGCUGAACAUGCCUCUGGGCCAGAAGCAGGCCUCCAUGAUCAUCAUGAUGCCGUACCACCUGGAGCCCCUGGAUCGCCUGGAGAAGCUCCUGACGAGGAAACAGGUGGACACUUGGGUCAGCAAGAUGGAGAACAGAGCAGUGGCCAUCUCCAUGCCCAAGAUCUCUGUAGAAGUCAGCCACAACCUGCAGAAACAUCUGGCUGAGCUCGGGCUGACCGAGGCUGUGGACAAAUCCAAGGCCGACCUGUCCAACAUCUCCGGGAAGAAGGACCUGUACCUCUCCAACGUCUUCCACGCGUCGGCCCUGGAGCUGGACGUGGAGGGGAACCCGUUCGACACCAGCAUCUUCGGCACGGACAAGCUGAGGAACCCCAAACUCUUCUACGCCGACCACCCCUUCAUCUUCCUGGUGAAAGACAACAAGACCAACUCCAUCCUGUACAUGGGCAGAGUGGUCCGGCCGAAGGGAGACAAGAUGCGCGACGAGCUAUAAUGUUGUGAAUUCUGUCGGGUAGCUUUGUUUGUGAGAUUAUGUCAGGAAUUUAAACAUUUUUUUUAGUAUGCUCACGUGUGUGUGCGUGUGCGUGAGUGUGUGAGUGUGUGAGUGUAGUUUUUUGGUAUGACUGUUACCUCAGGAACACAUUCCAGUAGACAAUCUGUGGACUGAAUAUCUGAGCUUUUCUUUGUUGGAAACAAUUCUGCAAAUAUCUGAAUUUUUCCCCCGGCUGAGUCGUUCUUGGGUCACUGAAAAAAAAUGCAUGUUUAUUUGAAAUAUCUAGAACCAUCAACAUGCUUAUAUUAAGUAUGAUCUUUUUUUUCUUUUCCAUCCUGUUUUUGGCCCGCGUCUAUUCCACUGUGACCUGAGUGCGUUUUUCUUGCAAUAUCUUUAAUGUUUAAAGAAAAAAAAAGAUCUUUGCACAAGCCUGGUUGAUCGACCACUCUCACACUCCUCACCUAGGUUUGCCUCCACUGUGCACUGAAUCGCUCCCGUGUGAGCCCAGCUGGCAGUGAAAGGGUGGGAGUGUCUUUUCACGCUCAAAUUAUGUCCGCCUGCCAACCAAAUCUGUGGGUUUUUUUUUGCUGUACGCAUUUUCCACAAAAGAAACUUGGGACUGUGCUACAAUGUGUUCAUUUUUUUUUCAAUAAAAA